GGCUGCGAGGCGUUUGGGCGAGGCAGAAGCCAUCUUCCUGUAAGCUGAACGCUGAAUAAAAGAAACUGAGAACUCCAGCUGCUUCUCGUGUCUGUUUUCCCGCCAAGGACGCAACACGGUUCAUAAACGGGAGGGAGAAAAAUGCUUGGGAAGGGGGUUUGGCUCCCUAUCCUUGCCCCUCCUCUUUAUUCCUUCUCCCUCUUUUCUAACUCAAGUUCAACUCAUAAAUGCUCUUCUAUAACCGAACUCUUAAUAUACAGGAUGGCACAAAAACCACCAAUAUCCUUGUAUCUGUUAGAACUUAAGCAACGAAUCCUUGCGAAUCUCUUCGGUGCCGGGUACUAAAUAGGCAGCCUUAUAAACUUUGCCUGUAAGCCGCGUCUCCUUUUUCCUCCAGCCGGCACGUGUACAGACACGGGCAGGGAGGAGGAGGGUUGAAAAGGAAACAAAAACCUGUUGUGCAUCGCUGAGUGGAGCAAAGGUGGAGGGAAGAAGCGGCCAGAUAGCAGUUACCAAGAGCAAAGGCCGCAGACAGCCACCUUCUCGCGUCUCUCGUAGGGGCAGCGUUUCGUCACCACCCCUGCGAUCUACGAUGGGGUCGACUCCGUCUGCUGGCUGGCCUGGCACAUUCCCCGGCCUCCCUCCCUCCCUCCUCCGCCUGUGCGCAUAAGCAAGUCCGAGUCGCUCAGCCCGAACCAGACACCGGACGGCAAAGCCGGUGGCGGGCAGUCCGUGUGGCGCUCGCCUCUCUCUCCCUUCCCGUUCGAGCCCGAGGGGCGGGAAGAAGGAGGCGGAGAGGCCAUCUCGUUGGCUCUGAGAGUCCGCCGCUCGCCGCGAGAUACGCCUGGGGGGGGGGAGAAAGAGAGAGCGCUGGGUGCCCCUCCCGCUCGUCCUCUCCUCCUCCUCCCACUCCUUCCAGCAGCCCCGCAAACCGGGACGCAGCUCCAGCGGCAGAGUGCGAGCGUGAGAGAAAAAUACUGGGAAGCGAGGAGGAGGAGGAGUGAGGAAAAAACAGCGGCAGCAGAGGGAAGGUGAAGGAAGGAAGGACACCCGCGCAGACUGGGCUGCUCUGAAGAGACGCCGGGGGAGGGGAGAGAAAAGUUUACACCCUCGGUAGCUGCGCUCUCCUUCGCUCGCUCGCUCUCCCUCCCAUCCACCUCUUCCCGCGGCGGCGGCGACGGAGCUGCAGGCGCAGACGGGAGUUUUUACCUGGAAUAAGUUGGGGGAUUUCCGCCCUCUUUUUUUUCUCCAAAUAAGAAUUUGAAACCACGGCUAGAUCCGAUGCUCGAGCUUUAUCUCCCCGCCGCCUUUCAGCCGCAGUCGGCGAUGUGACAGCCGGGGAAGACCCUUCAGCCGGCCCUCCUUGCAGAGAACUGUCACCGAGGAAGGCUCAACCAAGUGGACUUCUCCGCUUCCAGUUGAACGGCCCUGGGUCGCCUGAGAGAAGCUAGCAGGAUUGCUUUUUGCUUUUGAUUUUUUUUUCAGACGCCGCUUCGGAAAUCUCUAGCGAGCUCCUUUGCGGGUUGGUCCGUCUCCUUCGGGAUUUAAGCCAGAUUUUCUCCGGAUUCCACCUUCUUCGUUGCUACUCUUCCCUAAUCGGCCGCUUUCUGGAGCGGACUCGGAGGACUUGCUCCUCCGGCCAUUGCCAAGUCGAAACGGAGGUAGAAAAAUGAAGUUGCGACCUUUGGAAUUUUUCUUCGUGGAUGUGGACUUUAGGUGGAUGUCACUUGGAGGAGAGGAGAAAUUGAUGAUGUCAUACAAAUUUGAUAGAGAUAUAUGCCAUGAUUUUCUACAAAUGGCUUAAUAUAUGGAGACCAAAGGCUAUCGCAGUUAUUCAGAAAGCCUAGAUAUGGAGAGGCGCUGGAGUCAAGGUUCACAAUCUAUGGAGUACACUCCUAAAGGAGCAGAAGAACAGUCCGAAGAGAGUAAUAACUAUAUGGAGAUCGUAAAUGUGAGCUGUGUUUCUGGCACAUUUCCAAAUACCAGUUCUCAAGGAAGCAACAAAGAAAAACCUGAGCUAAUUUCUUGUCUUCAGCCAGAUCACAGACAGCCGGCUAUUUUACCCUCUGAUAUAAAAAUUGAACUAGACUCCAAGGAACUUUCUGCAACAGUAGCUGAAUCAAUGGGUUUAUACAUGGAUUCUGUAAGAGAUGCUGAUUUUACCUAUGAUCAGCAAAGUCAGCAAGGAAGCUUAACUUCUGCAAAGAUGUAUCAAAAUGUUGAGCAAUUAGUAAAAUUAUAUAAGGAGAAUGGCCAUCAUACCUCUCCCUUGAACACCCCAAAUAGGUGCUUGAGACCUCUAAUAUCAGACUGUGCAAGCUCUGUGAAUGGUGGUAUUGUACCAUCUAUCACCAAAAGUCCUAGAGUGUGUCAAGAGAAGAAUUCUUCUGAUUGUAGUCCUCAAAGCAUGACUCCUUCAGUAUGCAGCCCUCCUAGAAUUAGUUCUGUAUCAUCAACUACUCCUACUAACUUCACAAAUUUCACCGUAAAUAGUCCAGUAAACCAGGGAACACCUUUGCCAUGUUCACCUAACAUUGAAAAUCGAGGUUCAAUGUUACAUAGUCCUCCACAUACUAGCAAUGUGGGAUCUCCUCUUUCUAGUCCUAUAAGUAGCAUGAAAUCACCUAUUUCAAGCCCUCCUAGUCAUUGUAGUGUGAAAUCUCCAGUUUCAAGUCCUAAUAACAUAACAAUGAGAUCCUCAGUAUCCAGUCCUGCAAAUAUGAACUCAAGGUGCUCUAUUGCCAGCCCUUCCAAUGCCAAUAAUAGAUCCACUCUUUCUAGUCCUGCCAUAAGCACUGUGGGAUCUUCAAUGUGUAGUCCUGUAAAUGGUGCAGUGACCUUUCCGGCAUCUAGUACAUCGGUUGGACUUGGUGCAACUCAAGACAUGGUUCCUAGUCCAGAUUCAAAAGAGAAGAAAGGUGCUUCUGAAAUCGUAUUUCCUAAAAUAGAGCAAAUAGAAAAUGCCAUCCCUAUCAGUGAAGUAGCUAAUCAGAUGACUGUUGUUCAGUUUAUAAAACCUGAACCAGAAGGGAUAUUUAGUAGCUCAUGUCUUGGAGAAAAUAACAAAAUGAAUUCUGAUUCCCCAUUUUUAGUAUCAAUAAAGCAAGAAUCAGCUAAACAUUCUUGUUCUGGUGCUUCUUUUAAAGGGAAUCACACCGCAAAUCCCUUUCCAUUUAUGGAUGGAUCAUAUUUUUCUUUCAUGGAUGAUAAAGACUAUUAUUCUCUUUCUGGGAUUUUAGGACCACCUGUUUCAUCAUUUGAUGGCACAUGUGAAACUAGUGGGUUUCCAAAUUCAGGUCUAUCUAUAGGAAUUAAACAGGAGCCUGAAGAAAACAAUUAUUAUCAAGAAAGUACUCUACCUUCCUCUGCCAUUGUUGGAGUGAAUUCUGGUGGACAGUCAUUUCACUAUAGGAUUGGUGCUCAAGGCAGAAUAGCUUUAUCACGGCCUAUUGGUAGAGAGCAGUCUUUUCAGCAUAUGAGCUCGUUUCCUCUAGUGGAGUCAUGGAAAUCACAUUCUGAGUUGACUGGCAGAAGAAAUGAUGGGUAUCCAGUUCUAGAAUACAUUCCAGAAAAUGUGUCAAGUUCAUCAUUGAGAAAUGUUUCAACUGGAUCUUCAAGACCUUCUAAAGUGUGUUUAGUGUGUGGAGAUGAAGCAUCUGGAUGCCAUUAUGGAGUAGUGACCUGUGGCAGUUGCAAAGUCUUCUUUAAGAGAGCAGUGGAAGGUAAAUCCUCAUGGCAGCACAAUUAUUUAUGUGCAGGACGGAAUGACUGUAUAAUUGAUAAAAUUCGAAGAAAAAACUGUCCUGCUUGCAGAUUACAGAAGUGUCUUCAAGCUGGAAUGAAUUUGGGAGCCCGGAAGUCGAAAAAGUUGGGCAAGUUAAAAGGAAUCCAUGAAGAGCCACCACAGCAGCAGCAACAGCCACCACAAAGUCCAGAAGAAGGGAUUACGUAUAUUGCUCCAGCAAAAGAACCUUCUGUGAACACAGCACUUGUUCCCCACUUAUCUGCAGUUUCACCAGCACUUACUCCCUCACCUGCUAUGGUUCUAGAAAAUAUUGAACCUGAAAUUGUAUAUGCAGGAUAUGAUAGCUCAAAACCAGACACAGCUGAACACCUGCUCUCCACUUUAAAUCGUCUCGCUGGCAAGCAGAUGAUUCAGGUGGUGAAAUGGGCAAAGAUCCUCCCAGGAUUUAGAAACUUGCCUCUUGAGGACCAAAUUACUUUAAUACAGUAUUCUUGGAUGUGUUUAUCGUCAUUUGCCUUGAGCUGGAGAUCAUACAGACAUACAAACAGCCAAUUUCUUUAUUUUGCUCCUGACUUGGUCUUUAAUGAAGAAAGGAUGCGGCAAUCUGCAAUGUUCGAAUUAUGCCAAGGAAUGCACCAGAUCAGCCUUCAAUUUGUUCGUCUGCAGCUUAGUUUUGAAGAAUACACCAUAAUGAAAGUUUUGUUGCUGUUAAGCACAGUUCCCAAGGAUGGUCUCAAGAGUCAAGCUGCAUUUGAAGAAAUGAGGGCAAAUUAUAUUAAAGAACUUAGAAAAAUGGUAACUAAACAUCCAAACAAUUCUGGGCAAAGUUGGCAGCGAUUUUAUCAACUGACAAAGCUCCUGGACUCUAUUCAUGAUCUUGUUAGUGAUUUGCUGGAAUUUUGCUUCUACACCUUCCGAGAGUCUCAAGCUCUCAAAGUGGAGUUUCCAGCCAUGCUGGUAGAAAUUAUCAGUGACCAGUUACCCAAGGUGGAAUCUGGGAAUGCCAAGCCCCUCUACUUCCACAGGAAGUGACAGAACAUGUCUUAAUGGAAAAAAAGAAAAAGAAAACUUUGCCUUAAGUUCCCCUGCGCUAUUCCACACCCAUGAAGGAGCCAAGAAGCCACAUUUAAAGUGUACUAUUUAAAAUCGUUCAACAGUGUCUCAGUAGUCUAAAGACAAUAUGAAGGUUUGGAGAAUGGAAAACAAGCAUCUUACAUGAACUUGGUAAGACAAACUAGCCAAGAUGUUUAUGAACACCAGGCUACCCCGAAUAUUCCCAGCAUUUAAAAAAAGAAAUAUUCCUGUUCCUCUGGAUAAAAAGCCAUAUCUAGUCAAAUAACUCCUUGAUUUUGAUAUAUUAACAGAAGAACAUUUUAAAUAUGUCAUGUAAUUUCUGGUAUUGUUUGCUUGUUUUAAAAGGGUUUAAGAACUAUUAUGAACUUUUAAAAAAGCUUACCAUUGGUUUGCACAUAAAUAAAGUCAAUAUGGGGCAUUAAUUCUUGUACUAUACACAAACACACACACAUACGUAGAAACAAAAUCAAAUUCCUGGAUAUGUAACAUAGAUAAUGGAACAUUUUGGUGUGGAAUAAUCUUGGUAUAUUCACUUGCGGCAUUUGUUAUCCCAUGUUAUCCAUCAUAGAUGAUCUACACUGUGUUAAGUGUUCAUUUAUUAUUUAACUUGAAAGGAUAAGAUAUUAAAACAAAUGCCUCAGUUUCAAUUUAUAGUAUAUUGUGCUGGCUUUACCAAUAAUUUUUUGCAGUCUUUUGCUGUACUGUACAAUGCUGUAUGUAUAAAUUGAAGGACCUGAAACAAAUGGUAUAAGGAACUUUUGUAAAUGAGACCUAAAAUCUUUAAUGGUUAAUAGGAUGAAUGGGAAAGUAUUUUUGGAAGAAUUCUAUUUUGCUGGAGACUAUUUAAUUACUCUUUUUUGUCUAAACACAAGGGUUUUUUUCUUUUUCUUUUUUUGUAAAGUGAAUUGUUCUGCAUGCAUAAUGAAACGUUUACAGUGUAUUUAAGAAAGGGAAAGCUGUGCCUUUUUAGCAUCAUAUCUAUCUCACAAUGUCUGUUGUAAAUAACCACCCAUAAUUGUUUCCAGUUGUUUUUUUUCCAUCCAACUUCCUCAGCAUUUGUCUACUACUUUUUACGUCCUUUGAGCACAAUGAGUCUGCUUCAAGCCUCUUGCUGUGUUUGCAGCUUUAUACACAUUUUAUCCAACAAGAUAACGUUAACAAGGAUAGACUCCAUCAUUACAUCGUUUUCUACAUGUUCCAUUAAAGCUAAUAAAGCUGUGCAGAUAAUUUGGUUCCUAUUUCAGUGGAGCCUGCUUAAGUCAGCUAUAUGAUGAUUGUGCCCAGUUUUUUUCCCCCUCAGGAUCAAAUGAGAUUCUGUUCCCCAACCUGUUCAAUCUGAAGGUCAUGGUCCUACAGAAAGGCUUAUCUAUAAACAAUACACUCUCAAACACAUUGCCUUCCAAGCAAGUCUCAUUAACAGUGUAAAACCCUACAGAGUAUAGUGAUCUACUUAUUUUGGGGUUGUUUAAUUUUAUGUCCAAAUUGUGGUUAAAGAAUUGUUUUUCCUUCCUUUUAAAACGGGUGUCAAUGUAUAUUGCCAAAGUGUGGACAGCAAAUCUGAAUAUAUAGGUGGAAAUAAAAAUUAUUCCACAUCCUAGAUACAUUUGAAUGAUAAUAAGAAUAGGGGCUAUUAAUGCUAGGUAAGUCAGCAACUCAGUAACUGUAUAUAGGAUUGCAAUUUAAUUUAGUACAAAAUACAAAAUGUUACUCUUAAAAUGAGCCUUAAAAUGAGAGACAAUUUUUAAAAUCUGGAUCUCUCUUACAACUAUGUUAUGGGGACAGUGUCUUUCUUGUGAUGAUCAUUACUAUAUAUCAUUUGAAUAAUUUAAAUAUCUAGCAUAACUAUUAAAAACUAAACUUAUGAUAAUUGAUAUUAUAUACAAUAAUUUUCUAAAACAAAGUCUAGAUAACUUCUUUGAGAAAAAUAAAUGAUCUUUUAGGUUGAAAUCCUAUGUACAAUUAUUUGAGAGUAAGUCCCAGUGGAAUUACUUAGUAACCAUGCUUAGCACCUGUUACUAAUAACCAAAUCUGGGAUCCAAAAGUUUUUUUAGGCAUGCUUAAAGUUUGGGUAUGUUCCUUGGAACCUUUUGCAAUUAGCAGCAAAUAUCCUAAUGUACAAACUAUUUUUAAAAGCAUUGUUUCAAAAACAGUUAUGGAGCAUAAAUAGAAGCCCAAGUGAUUCCUUGAAUCCUAACCAUUCAUGAAGUUUCUGAAACUUAAACAGGUAUUUGCAUUUCCACCUCGCAUCCAUAAAAUUUAACUAAAUCCAUAGCAAGUGGAUUUCUCAAACCAGUUUCCCUGUGCAUCCUCAAAUCUCUCUAAGGAUCCUCAUCCAUCUGGAACAGCUUUAUAGAGGAAGGGAAAAUCUGAUCUGCUGAUCUGCCAGUACUGUUAAUUCCAGUAGUAGACAAGCAGAAAUGAAUUCAAUUCAACUUGACAUUUUUGAGCCAUACAGUUUUCUGAAUGAGAAUCUAUGGAAAGAGAAGAAUCAAGAUAUACAUUAAACAGCCAUAUAUUGGGUUGAAUCCUGACAAUACUAACUGAACUUAAUUCCAGCUGAAAUAAAUGCAAUUUAAUAAAUUCAUUUGCAGUUUUGAAAAUCAAAAUCCUUUAUCAGCUCUUUGGACUGCACAGCAAUAUGAAACUGUAUUUCUACAGUGAUAAAAAUAUAUAACAUGCAACAUGAUCGUUUAUAUUAAAUAUCCUUUUUAUUAAGUUUUUUAAAAAAAACUUACUGAAAUUGGAAUUUUAAAUUAUCCAGGUUUGUGGUAAAUAAUGCAGCUGUUUUUUUAUUAGCAAAGUUACAAAAUAUUUUUCUAUCUCCAAGUAACUUUGCUUGAUUAGAAUAUUAAAGCCAUAUUAUUUUCUUUUUUUAAAUUCACUGGUAGAUGUCAGUUGUUUGGUUACUCUUAUUUUUUUGUACCUUAUUGCAUUUAAUUGUGGUACAAUUCAUAAAUCUCAGAACUGUCAUGAAUAAAACACUAAAUUAGUUUUAAAACAAUUUAUAACUUUAUGCAAAAUAGCUAUCUUUGCAAGAAGAGUAUGCGGAUUAUAAUAAAUUCUUUAAUCACCUAUUCAUGAAACCAUUGAUUAUUGCUUAGAAAUCAUUAAAAUGAACUUCAAAUAAAAGGAAGGUAUCAGGAGUACAUUGUAUUUUAGAAGGAAAUAGAUAUUUGUCUCCUGCAAAAUAAGAUAAACAACUUCAAAAUGUGAAAAUAAUUGUGUUGAUUGAGUGUAAUGAUUUUGUGGCAAUGACUGAAAUUACACAGGAAGAACAUUGUAUUUAUAUAAAUGUAAAAUAGUUUUAAUUUACUGCAGUGUAUAUUUCAAGAAUAAUAUUGCAUUGCAGUGUGUAACCAUUCUGUUGCACAGAACAAAACUGAAAAGGACUAAAAGCUUGCAAUAUCAAAAUCUUAAAAUAAAAUAUACUUUAUAAUCAAUAAUGCAAAAAUCUAAUCACAGGGUGGUAUUUUCACUGACUUUUAGAAAUCUUUCGGAAUUUAAACCAUACUACAUUUAAUGCACUUUUAAUUGUCUAUUAAAGAUGUGACAUUUUUGAUAGAGGGGAGAAAGAAAGAAGGAAAGGUGCAAUUUUAUCUGGCAGAUGACUAACUUGUUAGGUAGCAGUUAUAAUGCCAGGAUUUUCAGAGUUAUGUUUCAAAGUUCAUGGAGUUAAGGAGCACAUUACACCAAGAACUUAGCGCUUCUGCAGGAGAAGUUCUUGGUGGUUGUGCCCUAUUAUUACUGGAUGAAAAAAGCAGCCAGCACUACAGUAUAAAACAGCAACAUCUAUGCAUAAUGAUGCAUUAAUAAUUAGGAGCUUGCUUCUGUAUGUUUAAACCUUUUGAAUAAAUACAAAAUUACUGUUUGGCCUUUAUGUUAUUGUCUUUAAGUACAUAAUUUUUAUAAGUUGUAUAAAUAUACACAAAUUAAAAUGGUGUGAUCAUAGUAA